UGCAACCAAGAAACUGGUACAGACCCUCUGUGUCGGGUCGGCUGCACAUUUUCUCCAAAUCUUACCUUUCACAUCUAUAGUGUAAAUGCUCCUCACUCUAAGUACUGUAUACUGGGCCCUGCAGGAGUGACGGUGUUAUCACACUGUACACAUUUUUCACCGGCCGUGGCCUGAAUUGAAUUUUAUACCUUAUUUAUAACACAGUUCCAAUUUAAUAGAGUCAUUUUUCAUCUAAAACUCAAAAAGUUUUUUGUCAUAAAACUAUGAAAUAACUAGUAUAUAUAUAUAUAUAUAUUUAUAUAUAUAUACUGUAUAUAUAUAUAUAUAUAUGCAAUAUAUUCCUGUAAACUUACAACUUGUUUGACAUUAAAGUUAUAACAUUUGAUAAACAUUUUGUCAUCAUAUUUUCGGUGCUACCUAAUCAAUUUAUCACGAUUAAUCGAUGAAAAUCGUGGUAAAUAUGUAUGUUCGUAUGUUCCUCUGAGUAAACUGAAGUAAAGAAGUCUUAAUUAUCUUUUUUGUCACGUGGUCAGGGUACGAGCCUCCAUCCACUGGAGGCUCGGUCAUAGCCAGCGUGUGUGGAGCGCACGUCUCAGUCUCGGUGCAGAUGAAUGGAGACGGUGACGCGCACUGAACAUCGCCAACUCACUGACUUUUCAUCAUUUAAAGCCGGAACCGGAGGGAGUAAAGCCAUCGAUCAUCCUGCUCCUCAUCACCCUUUUUUAAAUUCCGAGGCUCAGCAGGGAGAACGCGGGCAGGAACAUCCAAGAAUUCCAUCCAGUGAUUUCCACAUUUGCGCACAGGAAACACGCGUCGUUGGAGGGAAUUACGGGUUGGAUUUUUUUUUAAAAGAACUUAAUGCGCCAUCUGCAGCCUGGAGUAGUUUUGUCUCAACAGAAAUGUGUUCCCCGGGGUUGAUGUAAACUGCUGUAGCGAGGCAUAUACAUUCGAAAUGUCCGACCUUCACAACCGGAGCCAAACCAGCGCACGACGCGGCGAUUACGUGUGGCAGUACGAAUAUUACGAUGACGAGGAGCCCGUGUCUUUUGAGGGUCUGAAAGCGCACAGAUACUCUAUCGUCAUCGGCUUUUGGGUGGGACUGGCUGUGUUUGUUAUCUUCAUGUUCUUCGUCCUCACGCUGCUCACCAAGACAGGAGCUCCACAUCAAGAAAAUUCAGACUCGGCUGAAAAACGUCAACAACCUGGCAGCUGCAUGGUCGACUUCACCGUGUCACAGCAAAGAAAUGAAAAAGCCUUCUCUCGACCACUGCUGAUGGGACCCCACUCGUAUUUUCAUUUCUACAUCAAAGAGGAGGAUCAGGCUGAGGGGACGCAGCGAAACACAGGAGCCACAGGAGUGGGGAAGACCCACAAAGAUGGAGGAGCCCAGCAGGGAACCUGCAGCCAAAACGGAGGCACCAGCUACUCUGGGAUGGAUGACAUAGAGGAGGAUGUCGAGGCAGCUGGAGGACACCCAUCUCUGAAGGAAAUAAUGGAUGAGAGUAAGACAGACAGAGAGUGUGCCUCCCUGUCUCCUUUCAACAUCCCGAACUAUGUGAACAUGGAGCCUAAUUCAACGGGGGCUGAUGAUACGGAGGACGAAUCAUCCAUCGUUCUGGAGCGCCAGUCUUACCCCAGGGACGUGUGCUGUGACAUUCACUAAUGCACUUUUUACAAAGCCAUGAAUACAAUGUUAUAAUCAUAUCUUUUACUUUUCUUCCUCAAAGAAAAAAACUACCACACAGAGGCAUAUGAUUAAAUUCUACUGCGAGGAAAUCCAUUUACUUUCUAUGAACCUUCAACUCUAUUUCCCUUGUCACUGUCUCUGUGUGAUGUCUUUUCAACCUUUUCAGUAUGAAACAGAAAGCAACGGAACAAAAGGCAAGGCUAACCACUGUCUAUUUUAAGCAGCUGUGUUGUGAAAUACUAUUUCAUCCCAUAGACUAACAGUUCCAUAGUGUAGCGGUUAGCAUGCCUGCCUCGGAAGCAGCGAGCAGAGUGUCCUGGGUUUGAUUCCCAGGGGAACCACACGCUUGGUUCCUGCUUGGGGCAGCCUGUUAACAGCAUAUCUGCAAGAAUUUCCCAAAUAUGGGAUCAACAUGGUUCAAAUGUACUAAUUAAUUUAAUUGAGUUGCCUGUAGUGCAGCAUAUUUCAGUGUCUCUGGGUCGAAAUGAGUCUGUGAGAAUCAGAGAAAAGUCAUGGCAGAGAAACAUAUGUUAGAGAUAUGUCACCACUGUCUGUUUUUUUUAUUCACCUCUGGAAUCUUGACAUUUUCUUUUCAACAUGACCCAAUGCAAAAUCAGUUUUGAGACUGCCCUAGUGAGGGAAAAGUCGGGUUUGAUUGUAUUAAUGUGCUUCGAUGCUUUUCUAAUUGAUAUUCUGUAAAUAAUUUGUGUUGACAAAGUAGUUCUGAGAGUCCUGUUGCUGCUUUAUCAAUUACUGCCAUUACACUUAAGAACUCUCAGUCAGGUGUAACACAAUUCUAGACAAACAUUUUUUUGUCAAUUUGGGAUGACUGUAUGCCAAAAAACAAACAACAACUGGACAACAACACACUGGAAACACAGAGCAGUUCUCUGUAAACAUCCACUGAACUGUGCUCACUGUUGUUACUUCAUAACAGCUUCUGUACAAAUGUUCUGUCCUCUUUUGAAGGUUUUAGAUGUGAAAAUAAAUUGAAAAAGUUGAGUAGCAGAAUGUUUGUUGAAGGACUGAAGCCAGACUGAACAAACAGAAUUGGUUUGACAGAUUUUGCAUUUAAUGCUACGUCUUGAUACCGGUGGUUUUCUACUUCAGAAUCAGCAGAACAGAUACAUUCACAGGUAAGAAGGACGGAAAAAAAAGAGGUAAAACUAGCUGUGAAUUGUAUUCAGAUUUAAAAGAGCACACAGGUGGAAGACGCACAUGAAGGAAUCACUGGCUUGACUUUACCAAACUCUGAUUAUAAAGUUAAAUACAUUUUUUUAGUUUCUCCAUGGAGAGAGGAAACAUCCUGGGGCUUUAGCAUUGAGCCUGGACAGAAGGGGGCAGCAAAGAAAAAGCCUUAAAACAGCCAGACUGAAGCGUUUUAACAUGUUAACAAGAAAGGAUCACAAGCCAAAAAGGUUUGGGAACAACUGACUUAAACAUCUUGAAUUACUGCCACUUUAUCGGAUUAAAAAUAUAAGCUCGGCUUUUCAGCGAUUUCAGAAAUGAUCUGCAUCUCCUCAAACCCAACGUUUAUUAACGUUGAUUAUUAUAUUUAGAAAAUACCGGUUUUAACGUACAUCAGCAGUGAAGAAAAUGUGGCGAGUGAAUGUGAGCGCCUACAGUUUAACAAUUCAUAAAAUGACACAACAUCCACCACUACACACUUAACCACAUUACACGGCUCAGCUAAUUUAUUAGCACAACAGGAUGCAGAUCAAUACAAGCUGGGACUUUAUACGCUUCACCUCACGUGCUGAUUUACAGCGAAUCAACACAUCACUCAGUGUAUGUUGAUACAUUCAUUCUUUAAAUGAAACUGUGUAACUGUAUAAACAGUCUAUGAAAACUGGAAACACUAGCACGCCAGAGUUAUAUCUCCCA